AUGAGCCGCCAGCUACAGAGCCUGGAGAAGGAAGGUGACAAGUCGGAGAAGAGACCCUCAAAGAAGCGAAGUCCCAAAGCCGAGGGUCCCCAGGGCAGGCGCGGAGUCCAGCCUGGCCAGAAAGAAUGGGCGGGGGGCAGCCCCAGGUCCGGGUCUCCCCGGAGGAAACAGACAGAGCAGCGUGCCAGCCCGCGUGAGGGACUGCGAGGACAGCAGCAGAGUCCUGUGGACAGGACCCGUGAGGGGAGGAGGAAGAGGGACGAAAGGGCUUCUUUCAAGGAGCAGAGAGCAUCCCCAAGGAAAGAAAAGGGGAUUCUGAGGAAGGAGAACAAGCAGCUGAAGAAACCCAGGUCAUCUUCCUUGGCCUCCAGUGCCUUUAGCGGGGAGUCCCUAUCUGAGGAAGAACUGGCUCGGAUCCUGGAGCAGGUAGAAGAAAAAAAGAAGCUCAUUUCCACCAUGCGGAACAAGCCUUGGCCCAUGGCCAAGAAGUUGAGGGAGCUCAGGGAGGCCAAAGAAUUUGUGGAGAAGUAUGAAGGAGCCUUGGGAAAGGGAAAGGGCAAGCAACUCUAUGCCUACAAGAUGCUGAUGGCCAAGAAAUGGGUCAAGUUUAAGAGAGACUUUGCUAAUUUCAAGACUCAGUGCAUCCCCUGGGAAAUGAAGAUCAAGGACAUUGAAAGUCACUUUGGUUCUUCAGUGGCAUCAUAUUUCAUCUUUCUCCGAUGGAUGUAUGGAGUUAACCUUGUUCUUUUUGGCUUAAUAUUUGGUCUAGUAAUAAUCCCAGAGGUACUAAUGGGCAUGCCCUAUGGAAGUAUUCCCAGAAAGACAGUGCCUCGGGCUGAGGAAGAAAAAGCCAUGGAUUUUUCUGUCCUUUGGGACUUUGAGGGCUAUAUCAAGUAUUCUGCUCUCUUCUAUGGCUACUACAACAACCAAAGGACCAUUGGGUGGCUGAGGUACAGGCUGCCCAUGGCUUAUUUUAUGGUGGGCGUCAGCGUGUUCGGCUACAGCCUGAUGAUCGUCAUUAGAUCGAUGGCCAGCAAUACCCAGGGGAGCACAAGCGAGGGAGACACUGACAACUUCACCUUCAGCUUCAAGAUGUUCACCAGCUGGGACUACCUGAUAGGGAAUUCAGAGACAGCCGACAACAAAUAUGCCUCCAUCGCCACCAGCUUCAAGGAGUCGAUAGUGGAUGAACAAGAGAAUAACAAAGAGGAGAAUGUCCAUCUGACAAGAUUUCUUCGUGUCCUGGCCAACUUUCUCAUCAUCUGUUGCUUGUGUGGCAGUGGAUACCUCAUCUACUUCGUGGUCAAGCGAUCCCAGGAAUUCUCCAAAAUGCAGAAUGUCAGCUGGUACGAAAGGAAUGAGGUGGAGAUUGUGAUGUCCCUGCUUGGGAUGUUUUGUCCCCCUCUGUUCGAAACCAUCGCUGCCCUGGAGAAUUACCACCCACGCAUUGGACUGAAGUGGCAGCUGGGACGCAUCUUUGCACUCUUCCUGGGAAACCUCUACACGUUUCUCUUGGCCCUGAUGGAUGAUGUCCACCUCAAGCUUUCUAAUGAAGAACGAAUAAAGAACAUCACACACUGGACCCUGUUUAACUAUUACAACUCCUCAGGUUGGAACGAGAGUGUUCCCAGGCCACCCUUGCACCCUGCAGAUGUGCCCCGGGGUUCUUGCUGGGAGACAGCGGUGGGCAUUGAAUUCAUGAGGCUGACAGUGUCGGACAUGCUGGUAACAUACAUCACCAUCUUGCUGGGGGACUUCCUACGGGCUUGUUUUGUCCGCUUCAUGAACUACUGCUGGUGCUGGGACCUGGAGGCUGGUUUUCCCUCAUAUGCUGAGUUUGAUAUUAGUGGAAAUGUGCUGGGUUUGAUCUUCAACCAAGGAAUGAUCUGGAUGGGCUCCUUCUAUGCUCCAGGACUAAUGGGCAUUAACAUCUUUCGCCUGCUGACCUCCAUGUACUUCCAGUGCUGGGCAGUGAUGAGCAGCAACGUCCCCCACGAGCGUGUUUUCAAAGCCUCCCGAUCCAACAACUUCUACAUGGGCCUGCUGCUGCUGGUGCUCUUCCUCAGCCUUCUGCCGGUGGCCUACACCAUCAUGUCCCUCCCGCCCUCCUUUGACUGCGGCCCGUUCAGCGGGAAAAACAGAAUGUACGAUGUCCUUCAUGAAACCAUAGAAAAUGAUUUCCCAACCUUCCUGGGCAAGAUCUUCGCUUUCCUCGCCAAUCCAGGCCUGAUCAUUCCAGCCAUCCUGCUGAUGUUCCUGGCCAUAUACUACCUGAACUCAGUUUCAAAAAGCCUUUCCCGAGCUAAUGCCCAGCUGAGGAAGAAAAUCCAAGCGCUCCACGAAGUUGAGAAGAGCCACAAGUCUGUCAAAGGCAGAGCCAGAGAGUCAGAAGACACACCUAAAUGCAGUUCCAAAAAUGCCACCCAAUUGCAACUCACCAAGGAAGAGCCCACACCUCAUUCCACCAGCCAAAGCCAAACUCUGGACAAGAAAGCACAGGGCCCUGGGACUUCCAGUUCUGCCAGCAGGAUCCAGAAGUCUGCCUCCCAGCACCUCCCUGGAUCUAGACCCCUGGCAGUCAAACAGGAUUCUGGCCAAUCCCAGUCUCAGACUCAUCCCCCCUGGAGAUCAGCCUCCAGAAAGAGUGCUCAGAGGCUCCCCACUGAUGGCUAG